AGAAAUCACUACCUGAUAUUUAUAAAUAAAGUUAAUUUCAGAAUAAACUAUGGGCGUUCUGUCCGAAGAAGCGUGGACGGAUUGGGAGAAAACGGGAAAGCAGGAAUUUUUGAAAGAAGUGAAGGAGUGUACAAUUGGUAAUAAAGGAUUACUGGGAACUGCGGAUUCUACCCUGGACCGACUCAUCUACGAUCUAAUAUGGCAGGGGAUCAGAGGACAGAUGAGGAGGGAUCUAGUUGUGUCCUGUGUUGGGGAAUUGGUUUCCAACAAUACACAAAUGGCAAAUGUUAUUGUUGACGUCAUUGCUUUGGCUGAUGUUGAAACACAGGUAGAAGAUGGGAAGAAAGAUGACCGGAAAAGGUUGGCAGAUAUUGUCAAGGAGGUCACCAGGUUCCUCUCCGACAGUCUUGUCAAGGAACGACUAGAGUUUGAUCUGUUGGGAGACUCUGGUAUUGUGAAGAAUCCAAAGAAGUUUUUCAAUACUGUUAUUAAACUCAAGACUAAACUUUUUUACAAACAGCAGAAGUUUAAUUUGUUCCGUGAGGAGAGUGAAGGAUAUGCUAAACUUAUUACUGAACUCAACCAGGAUCUAUCAUCCGUGAGCAAAGAUAGUAUGCUUGAGAUUAUUAAAUCUUUGAUUGGAUACUUUAACCUGGAUCCCAACAGAGUUCUGGAUAUAAUACUAGAAUCAUUCGAGUGCCAGCCUAACGAGUUCCAAUUUUUUGUUGGAUUGCUACGCGAGUUUCUACCUGAUCGAGAGACCUUGAAGGAACUUCUCCACUUCAAGUUUUCCGCCUUCAAGGAGAACAACGAGGACGAGAACACACCAGAGUCCUUGUAUCUCGUGACAGCUCUUCUCAUUCAGCACGAGAUACUCACCUUACAGGAUGUCUAUCCUUGGCUGGGACCGAGUGAUGAUGAGAUGAUGACAAGAGCUGGAAAAGAGAUGGCUGUUGCUAAGGAAUAUCUACGGAAGAUGAAUAUUGUGUCGACUAAGGGAAAUGACGAGGAUAAUAAGGACGGUAGUAAAGACAAGGAUAUUAAUGCAAACAAUCAGAAGAUAGGGCUAUUGGCGGCAUUGUAUAAGGUUGGUGGUUUGAAUUAUGCAGAAGAGAUCUUGAAGAAUCUACCAGAAUCCUACUGUAUAUCACAGCCUAAAGUGGCAUUGGCUCUUUGUGAACUGAUCCAUAAAACUAUUGACCCUGUUUAUCACAAGUACAACGAUCUCUGCCCCAGAAUUAGAGCCAGGCAUCACGAGAUUCUUCCUGGGUCCAGGUUCCCACCUCAAGCACACACUCUAGAGGACCUCAGUAAGGAUGCGGUCCCUAUGCUACAAACUCUAGGGGCAGAUGCUCACAGAGACCCUACACUUAUUUAUAAACUAAUCAGAAUCUUAAAAACUGGUUUGGGUAUCAAGAGAACUGUAAACUACGAAGUGGAAACUAAAUCUCAAGAUCUGUCUGGAAACCAGUUCUACUCCCUAGCCCUAACCCUGGCAAACGAGGUGUUUCUGCCGAGCUUAUCCCUGCUGCAAUCCAACUGUUGUAUUGCGGAGGAGAUCUGGUCUCUUAUCAGGCACUUCCCGUAUGCACACAGAUACAGGCUUUAUGACAGCUGGAAGGGUGAGACAAUGCUUAAGCACCCUGUUCUCAUCCGAGCUAAGGCGAAGACGUUUGAGUCGAUCAAGCGGAUCAUGAAGAUGAUGUCCAAGGAGAACGUGAAGCACACUGGCAGGCAGCUGGGUAAACUCAGUCAUAGUUCACCAGCCCUUAUAUUCUCGUAUAUAAUUCAACAGAUUCAGGUCGCCGACAAUCUGAUAGGUCCGGUCGUAGACUCCAUUAAAUACAUGAGCAAUCUUUCAUUCGACGUCCUUGGGUUCUGCAUCAUCGAGAGCCUCAACGACCCGGACAAGAACAGGACAAAGACGGACGGAACCUCGAUCUCGAUGUGGUUGACGAAUCUAGCUGUGUUCUGCGGCGCUGUGUUUAAGAAGUACAAUAUUGAGUUGACCGGCCUACUGCAGUACAUUGCAAACCAGCUGAAGGCUAAACACAGUCUAGAUCUUCUUAUUGUGAAGGAGGUUGUUAACAAGAUGGGAGGAAUAGAAGCUUUUGAGGAGAUGACCAAAGAGCAGCUAGAAGCAGUUUCAGGGGGUGAACUCCUUAGACAGGAGGCAGGCAACUUUAGCCAGGUUAAGAAUACCCGUAAAUCUAGUGGUAGACUGAAGGACUGUUUGAUGGAGAUGAAUCUAGCUGUUCCUCUCGUCUUACUUAUGGCACAGCAGGGUAGCUGUGUUGUCUAUCAGGAAACAGAGAAGGAUCAUCUGAAGCUGGUUGGGAAGCUGUUUGAUCAAUGUCAUGAUACAUUAGUUCAGUUUGCAACAUUUCUAGCAACAAACCUCUCACAGGACGAUUACUCCAAGAUAAUGCCCCCACUGCCUCAGCUUUUAUCUGAGUUCUACGUAAACCCUGAUAUUGCGUUCUGUCUUGCAAGGCCGAUGUUUAAUCAUCUGAUUAGCACAAAGUUUGAAGAAUUAAGGAAAGCUGACAAACACUGGAGAGGAAAAACUUCCCAGGAGAAACAGGCUAAGCAUGCUGAAGCAGCAAGGAUGAUAAUGGAACCAUUGACCGCUGCUAUCACUCCUGUUUAUCCCACCAAGAUUUGGGAUGAUAUCACCCCUCAGUUUCUGGCAACCUUCUGGUCUCUAACCAUGUAUGAUCUGUAUGUACCAGAGAAGAUGUAUCAGAAGAAAAUCAGAGAACUCAAGGAUGCCCCUGCUAAACUCCACGAGAACAAGGAUCUCAAUUCUACCAGGAGGAAGAAAGAAGCUGAACGGUUAAACACUCUCAUGGAGAAGUUGCAGGACGAAGAGAAGAGACAUAAGGAGCACGUGGAGAGGGUGAUGGUUAGGUUAAGGCUGGAGAAGGAUCAAUGGUUCCUCAGCAGAUCAGCUAAAACUGCUAAGAAUGAGACGAUAACACAACUUCUUCAGUUCUGUCUCUUUCCCAGAUCAAUAUUCACCUCCAGUGAUGCGAGCUAUGCUGCAAAGUUUGUGACGAUCAUCCAUAUGUUGAAAACUCCAAAUUUCUCAACUCUAAUCUGCUUUGAUCGAACCUUUUGUGACAUUACGUACACAGUUACAGCUUGUACAGAGAACGAGGCUAGUAGGUAUGGCAGGUUCCUGUGUGCUAUGCUUGAGACUGCAAGAAGAUGGCACAAGGACAAGGAUGUUUUUGAAGCAGAGUGUUCAGGUUACCCUGGGUUUAUCACCAAGUUCAAAGCUGCUGCUGGACCCGAGGAUCCUAAAGCAUCUCACACAGACACUGUAGACUUCGAGAACUACAGACACGUCUGCCACAAGUGGCACUACAAGAUUGCUAAAGCGUUAGUUGUCUGUUUGGAGAGUAAAGACUAUGUACAGAUCAGGAAUGCACUAAUCAUCUUAAACGAGAUAAUCGACCAGUAUCCGCUUAUUACGAACCUAGCGUCUGUUCUUGAGAAGAGGAUUGAGAGGGUUUGUGAUGAGGAGAAAGAAAAGAGGAAGGAUCUCUAUAUCAAGGCUCGAAGCUACCAGGGUAAACUGUCGAUUUGUAAGAGCCGGAUGGUGAACGAACGGGACUUCCACCAGAUGAGGAAGGGAAAGGCUGAUGCAGAAGAAGAAAAGGAAGUGAAAGAGAAGGAGAAGGAAAAAGAAAAGGAGAAGAAGUCGGAAAGCCGGGAGCGGGGAAGCAAGAGCAGAGAUCGCGAGAGCAAGAGCAGGGAUCGUGAGAGCAAGAGCAAGGAUCGUGAGAGCAAUAGCAGGGAUCGUGAGAGCAAGAGUAGGGAGAGAGGAAGCGAGAGCAAAGAGAGAACCGAAAUGGGUCCUCCUGCUUCUAGAGAUUCAAGGAAAUCUGCGGAUCCCGGGGAUUCAGACAGGGAUUUCAAACGGAAACGUGACUCUAACAAGGAGAAAGCUAAAAGUCCAGUUCUAGACAGGUUAGAGAAGAAGGAAAAUUUGAGGAAGGAGAAAGAGAAAGAGAAACUGAGGAAGGAGAAAGAUGAAAAGGAUUCCACGAGGAAGGAGAGGAAGCGGGAUCGCGAGGGCGUUUCUGAGGUUGAAGUUAAGAAAAGGAAAGAGGAUGAUGAUGCGACCGCGAAACAGAACGGAGAAGGGAAAAGAAAAUCAAGAAGAUAGUAGAUUCUUCCGAAGUCUGAUGAGAGGCGCAAAGUUAAGAAGAAUUUUAGCUCCGUGUUGUGUUGCAUUUUAUGCUGUACAUGUAAAUCAAUGUAAUUUUUGACGUAAUCAGUCACCAAUGUAAUUUUCGCAUUCAAAAUAUUGUAAAUUUUCAGA